GGAAAUCACCUGGCACAACACACAUCUAUCUAUCUAUUUCUGACUGAACGUUGUUCUCUUAAACCAAGGUAUUUAGCCAGAGACAUAUAUAUCCCACAUUCAAUCCAUUCAUUUCAACUUUCUAGUAAACUAGCUCAAUGGCAAAGGUUCCUUCAGUAACCCUAAGCUCCUGCGGUGAUGACAUCCAGACCAUGCCUGUCAUCGGCAUGGGAACUUCAUCGUACCCUCGGGCCGACCCUGAAACCGCCAAGGCUGCCAUUCUCGAAGCAAUCAGAGCUGGUUACCGACAUUUCGACACUGCCGCUGCUUACGGCUCGGAGAAAGAUCUCGGUGAAGCCAUAGCCGAGGCUCUCCGUCUCCAACUCAUCAAGUCUAGGGACGAGCUCUUCAUCACAACCAAACUUUGGGCCAGUUUCGCCGAGAAAGACCUUGUGCUGCCCUCCAUCAAAGCCAGUUUAAGCAAUCUUCAAGCAGAAUACAUUGACAUGUACAUCAUACACUGGCCGUUCAAAUUGGGAAAAGAGGUGAGAACCAUGCCUGUUGAGAGAGAUCUGGUGCAGCCCCUUGAUAUCAAAUCUGUUUGGGAAGCCAUGGAAGAGUGCAAGAAACUUGGGCUUGCUAGAGGUAUUGGUGUCAGUAACUUCACUAGCAGCAUGCUCGAGGAGCUUCUUUCCUUCGCCGAAACCCCUCCGGCCGUAAACCAAUUGGAGAUGAACCCAGCUUGGCAGCUGAAGAAAUUGAGGGACUUCUGCAAGGCAAAGGGAAUUCAUGUCACGGCUUACUCUCCGCUCGGAGCAGCUAGGACUAAAUGGGGUGACGAUAGGGUUUUGGGAUCAGAUAUCAUCGAAGAGAUUGCCCAAGCCAAAGGAAAAUCAACUGCUCAGAUAUCAUUGAGAUGGGUGUACGAACAAGGUGUGAGCAUAGUAACAAAAAGUUACAACAAAGAAAGAAUGAGGCAGAACCUUGACAUCUUCGACUUUUGCUUGACCGAGGAGGAACUGGAGAAGAUGAGUCAUCUUCCACAACGGAAAGGGGUUACAUUUGCCUCACUUCUAGGACCCCAUGAUAUCGUUCUGGAAGUUGACGCAGAAUUAUGAGCUGCAAGACUUGGUCAUUUCAUAUUAGAUGUUUCUCCCAACUUUACCGCCGGGAUAUACUAGCUGAUGUAGUCAAGUCUAUUCGGGAAACAUGUGAUAUCGUUCUUGUAUGACUUAUAGUUGAUGAUAUAUGUACCCUUUGCAGCAUAUACAGUAUUGUCUUGUUUUAUUUAACUACGAGCACCUUUCCUUUGUUCUGUAGAGAUCGAUGUAUAGUACGUAUCACGUUUCGGACACCGUACAUACAUACAUACUUCUUCCCCUUCUUGUCAUUUACAUUGUUUUUCGCACAAUAAAUUUUGAAUCUUCUUUCUGUAAGUUA